UAUAAUAGAAAAAGGACCAAAAUGGAGGUGCUGAAUGCAAUGUAUAAUCUGGCGGUGCUGUGCUAAGUUCUAACUUAUCGAGUUGUCUUGACGGAGGAGAUGACUGUUUGCUGCCCAAUCCUAAAAUUGCCACUUUCCUCUCGCUUCACAGAGUAUCAAUCUGAGAGUCUGCAGGUUUCUAAGAUUUACCCAUCAAAUUCACCAACACCAUUUCUUUCUCUAGCAAACAAAUCCUCUCUGCAAGUUCCUCGAUUUUCACGCCUGUGGAAAAACACAACAAGGGCCAUGGAGGUCCAGCAAAGUGGAACUGCAGUCUUUAAAGCUGGCAGCUCAAACGCACCAAUGAAGCUCUUGUUCGUGGAGAUGGGUGUUGGCUAUGAUCAACAUGGCCAAGAUAUUACAGCUGCAGCAAUGCGAGCAUGCAGGGAUGCCAUCUCUUCCAAUUCGAUUCCUGCAUUUCGCAGAGGGUCCAUACCUGGUGUUUCGUUUGACCAAAUGAAACUACAAAUCAAACUGGGAGUUCCUCAUUCUCUUCAGCAAUUGUUGGAUAUCGAAAGGGUCAAGUCUGUCUUUCCUUAUGGGAGGAUUCUAAAUGUUGAAGUUGUGGAUGGUGGACUGAUAUGCUCAAGCGGCGUGUGUGUUGAGGAAAUGGGAGAUAAAAAUGAAGAUUGUUACGUAGUGAAUGCUGCAGUAUAUGUUGGCUACUAGAAUUGUUACCCCUGUUCCCUUUUAGCUUGGUGAGGUUGGUUUUCGGUUUUCAUUGUGGACAUGACCUUUAAUUUAAUUCAUUAGAGCUUUCAAAUUUAA